AUGUCUGUUUACUCCCUUUUGGUGUCUGAAUCUCAGAAUCUCAGAAUCUCAGAAUCUCAGAAUCUCAGAAUUUCAGAAUCUCAGAACCUCAGAAUCUCAGAAUCUCAGAGACUCAGGAUCUCAGAAUCUCAGUAUCUCGGAAUCUCGGAAUCUAAAAUUCUGAGAAUUUCUGAAUUUUUUAUUGGGAAUCUGUAUUUUCUAAAGGGAAUGAGAUAUAUGAGCUCAAAGUUGACGGUAUGGGUGGCGUUCUAUUAG